AUGAAAGGAUGGAUCUUUGGUUCAUUAUGUGAAGAUGUGAUGGAUACUGUUAUCGGCCUCCACACAGCUAAUGAAGUAUGGAGAAAGCUAAAGUCUACUUACAGUAACAGUACUCCUCCUGCUUAUUCUCCCACUACGAACACAAAAGAUCAAGCGGAGUAUUUACCACUGUAUAGAGCUAUUGAGAGGCGACUGGAAGGAAGCCGAAGACAUUUUCAACAAGGACAAAGACGCGAGAUAACCUCGGAGUCACUUCCAAACAUGGUGAAUAUUAGAAAGUCAAACCCACUACACUACGCUGCAUUUGUUGGCAACACAAGGGCUGCGGAGAUGUUGGUGGCGAAAAACCCAUAUUUGUUAUUCAUUGCUGACGGAAGUAACUGCUUUCCUGUUCAUAGAGCUAUUUUUGGUUCUCACACAGACACUUUUCUAUAUUUGCUUAAGGUUACUAAAGAUAAUAUUAUACUCUCCGAACAAGAAGGAUAUCAGAGCCCCUUUAAGGAUGUGGCAUAUGGGUUAAUUAAGGAGUACCCGGAAAUGGCUACAAAAAAGAAAGAGAACUCAAUUCCAUUAAAGUCUAUCGCUGGAAAGUUGGACGGUUGUUUUAGUGGAAAAGGAUACAACUUUUAUGAAAGAUUUAUUUAUUCUCAUGUACCUGUAGAGGAUGGGGAAUUAAACAGAGGACAUGAGAUUCAGGAUAUUGAGAACCAAGAGACAGAUAAUGCGAACUUUAUCCCCAAGCAUAGAAGGAGCUGGCUCCACCCUGUAAUCCAGUGGAUUUAUGUCAGAUUUUGGAAAGUUGCACUACAACAUGUGCCACACAUCAAGCAAAUCAAGGAAGAGAAAGUGAGCCACAGUAAAGCUCUUGUGCUACUGAAGUGUAUAUGCGAAGAAGUUAGUAAAAUAAAUGAAUUUUGUAAAAUCCGUGAACAUUACCACGAAGCAAUUACUAUGGCAGUGGAACAUGAUAAUCCUGAAGCAGUAGAAGAGAUCAUCCGAUAUUUUCCACAAGCAAUUUCAACAAAGGACAAUGAAUAUCCCCUUAUUCAGUUGGCUAUUCUAAACUGUUGUGAAAGGGUUUACAACUUUUUUGUACACCAAGUAACUAUUGACAAACACUCACAAAAAGUGCGUGUUGACGAAUAUGGAAACAAUCUUUUGCACUUAGCUGGACAAUUAGCGCCUAUACACAAACUCAAUCUAGUUUCUGGUGCAGCUCUACAAAUGCAAAGAGAGUUGCAAUGGUUUGAGGAAGUGAAAAACUUCGUGUGUCCUUGGCAUGAGAAAUCAAAGAACAAAAACCAAGAGACACCAAUUAUGGUGUUUAGAAGAGAACAUAAAAAGUUGAGAAAAGAAGGUGAAGAGUGGAUGAAAAAGACAGCAGAUUCAUACACAAUUACAGCUGCACUCAUCAUUACAAUCGUUUUUGCUGCAGCCAUCACUGUACCCGGUGGAAAUGAUAGCGAUACUGGAAAAGCAAUUUAUGCACCAAAACCCAGUUUCAUAAUAUUUGCGGUUUCAGAUGCAAUCUCAUUGUUCACAUCUACCACUUCCUUGCUUUUGUUUCUAUCGAUUCUCACAGUACGUUAUGCAGAGGAAGAUUUUCUCUAUAAGUUACCUAAGAGAUUAAUACUCGGCCUGGCAAUGUUAUUCUUGUCUAUCAGCUCAAUGAUGGUAGCCUUUAGUGCGACAUUGUAUCUUACCUUUGGACAAGGGAAGGCAUGGAUUUUGAUACCAAUAGCAACAUUAACAUGUCUUCCAAUUGCCUCCUUCGUAACAUUACAAUUACCAUUGCUUGUCGAUCUCAUCUUCUCAACAUAUGGUUGUCGGAUCUUUGUUAAAGAGAAUGCAUGUAGGUUCAAAAACUCAUGAAAUGAUGAUGCACUCCUUGAAUGAUGUUUUGUAAUUGAUAGUGUACCGACUAAGGGUAUGUUUUUUUUUUAUAUUUAUUAUUAUUAUUAUUUUGUAAAAAUAUGUAUGAGCUUAUAGGUACCAAAGCAUAGUUUAUGAACAUGUAUUUGGAUGAGGUGUGAU